CACACUGCUGUCAGACAUGGAGCGACAUAUAUUAUAAAGCUCGUAAAAGCGUAACUGAGCUAACUAUACAUUCGCUGCUUCUGAGCUUAUGUUUAGCUUAAGAACGUAGUGCUCCCAACAGCCCUAAAGCGUAAAUUCGCGUCAAUUUAUUACCGCACUUGCUUUUCUACCAUGGCUUUAUUUCGGUUGCGAGUAUUCAGACACAGAAAAGGCUGCUUUUCGUGCAGUGAGUAAUUCUGCGACGGUUCAGCAAACCGAUACCGAGGCGAAUUCUCAGUCGCGUACAUUGAGGCAUAACAACGAAAUAAAUCAAUUGAGUGGGAAAAAAAAGGACUAUAACACUCUGCGAUGGGCGGUCGCUGGCAACGCUAUCCCGGUGCCGACAUCGUAGCCGACGUUCAGGGCCGCAUCCGAGUGUACGCGGAUGACUGGAGAGAUGGCUGGCGUGCUGGAAGCAGGAUCCUGGCUCCCUCCAUGUAUGUCUUCCUGGCGUCGCUGCUGCCGGCGCUUGCCUUUGGGUUGCAGCUUGACCAUGACACACGCGGGACGCUGGGCGUUGUGCACGUCCUAGCUGCAACGGCCAUGACCGGCUUGCUGCAGGCCCUCAUCGGCGGUCAGCCCCUCCUGAUCGUGGGAGUGGCCGAGCCAAUCGUCAUCAUCUACGCCCGCAUGUACGAAUUCGCAUCCUCGCAACCCGGGCUGCAGCGCGGGCAGCUCUUCCUGCCCUGGGCCGCCUGGGUGUCCUGCUGGACGGGGCUGCUGCUGGUGCUGCUGGCGGCGGGGGGCGCGUGUCGGUGCGUGAGCGCCUUCACGCGCUUCAGCGGGGAGCUGUUUGGAGCGCUGAUCGGGGUGCUGUUCCUGCAGCAGGCGGUGAAGGGCAUUAUCUCCAACUUCCGACCCGAUCCCAAUUCCUCGUACGGCAACCACCCAGCCGCCACCGCCGCCGCCUCAUCCCCCGAAUCCACCACCACCACCACAGCUGCUUCCGGAACCUCCGCACCGGAAUCACCCGACAUCAUCAGCCUCUGGCGCCUCAUCAACGGUCUCUGGGGCCUUCUCCUAGCGCUCGGCCUGCUCCGUAGCUCCCUCCUAGUCGUCAGGGCACGCAGCUGGCGCUUCCUACGCAAACCCCUGCGUGGCUUCCUUGCAGACUACGGCCCCGCAUGCAUGGUGCUGGUGUGGACGGGAGUGUCGUACGCCAUCUCCUCGCCGUACUUGUACGACAGCGGUAGCGCCGGUAGCAACAGCGGCGGCGACGGUAGCAGCAACAGCGGUGGAGGAGGAGGGGCUGUGGCCGUACAGGAGCGUGUGCCGAGGCGCGUGGUGACACCCGAUGUGUGGAACACUGGCGGCGGUAACAGCAGCAGUGGAGGUAGCAGCGGCGGCAGCAGCAGUUGGAGUGUGGCAUCGCGCAUGGGCGAGGUGCCGGGGGGCUAUGUUGCUGCGGCGCUGCUGCCGGCGCUGGUCAUUGCGGUGCUGUUCUACUUUGACCACAGCAUCUCCAGUCGCAUGGCGCAGCAGCCCGAGUACAACCUCACCCGCCCGCCCGCGUACGCGUGGGACCUGCUGCUGCUGGCCGCCCUGACGCCCCUCUGCGGCCUGCUUGGACUACCGCCGGUGAAUGGGGUGCUGCCUCAGGCGCCCAUGCACACACGCAG